CCAAACGUUUCAUUUCUCAAAGGAACAAAGAAACAAAGAAGUAAACACACUGUUUCAUACUUUCGUUUCGUUCAUUCGGCGUAGAAGCAAAAGAGAGAGAUAGAGAGAGGGAAAAAGGUUGCUACCAACAACAAACAAAAACAGUGUUGCUUGAUUCCGCGGUGGCGAGAACCGACGUGAGCGGCGGAGGAGAGGCGCGGAACGGUGGUCUUCAGGGUUUUCUGACGUCUCUGUUCUCGACCCUCGGCGGUGUUUUCGGGUCAACGUUUCAAGAACCGCAUCAAAGUGUUAUCAUGGCUUCCAGAUUGGAACAACAGCAACAACCCACCAAUGUUGGUGGUGAGAAUAAGCAGAAAAACAUGGGCGGUGAAGGAAGAAACAGAAGGGUGCUGCAAGAUAUUGGGAAUCUCGUGGGUAAACAAGGCCAUGGAAAUGGAAUUAACGUGUCUAAACCUGUCACAAGGAACUUUCGUGCUCAACUAUUGGCCAAUGCACAAGCCGCAACAGAAAAGAAUAAGAAAUCAAGCACUGAAGUGAACAACGGAGCAGUGGUGGCAACUGAUGGGGUUGGUGUUGGGAAUUUUGUUCCUGCUAGAAAGGUGGGAGCAGCUAAGAAGCCUAAAGAAGAACCUGAAGUGAUUGUGAUUAGCUCUGAUGAUGAAUCAGACGAAAAGCAAGCUGUGAAGGGAAAAAAGGCAAGGGAAAAAUCUGCCAUGAAGAAUGCCAAGGCCUUCAGUUCUGUUCUCUCUGCUAGAAGCAAGGCUGCUUGCGGACUUCCAAGGGAUUUUGUGAUGAACAUUGAUGCAACUGACAUGGACAAUGAAUUGGCAGCAGCCGAGUACAUCGAUGAUAUCUACAAAUUUUACAAAGAGACUGAAGAAGAUGGUUGUGUGCAUGACUACAUGGGUUCGCAGCCAGAUAUUAAUGCCAAGAUGAGGUCAAUCCUUGUGGACUGGUUGAUAGAAGUGCAUAGGAAGUUUGAGCUCAUGCCAGAAACUCUUUAUUUGACCUUGAACAUUGUCGAUCGGUUCCUGUCUGUGAAGGCUGUGCCUAGAAGGGAGCUUCAGCUGGUUGGCAUCAGCUCAAUGCUGAUAGCCUCAAAAUAUGAAGAGAUAUGGGCACCAGAGGUUAAUGACUUUGUGUGCAUAUCAGACAAUGCUUAUGUUAGUGAACAAGUGUUGAUGAUGGAGAAAACAAUCCUUAGGAAGCUUGAAUGGUACUUAACAGUUCCAACACCCUAUCACUUCUUGGUUAGGUAUACCAAAGCCUCCACUCCGUCUGACAAAGAGAUGGAGAACAUGGUGUUUUUCCUUGCUGAACUUGGAUUGAUGCAUUAUCCUACUGUAAUCUUGUACCGUCCUUCUCUGAUUGCUGCUUCUGCUGUGUUUGCGGCUCGAUGUACCCUUGGAAGGAGCCCUUUCUGGACAAACACUUUGAUGCACUACACAGGCUACUCUGAGGAGCAACUAAGGGAUUGCGCCAAAAUCAUGGCCAACCUUCAUGCUGCUGCACCAGGAAGUAAGCUUAGGGCAGUUUACAAGAAAUUCUCUAACUCGGAUCUUUCUGCUGUUGCUCUUCUUUCUCCAGCAAAGGACUUGUCAGCACUGUCUUGAGCAAGCUUAGGAUGGGAAGUUUAGGUUAUUUUAGGCCCCGAUCAUGAUUGUUAUGAUCUAUAUUAUAUAGGCUUUAUAUUCGUUUAUAUUUUUUUUCAGUGUGAUACACAAAAGUGUUUGUAUUUGGAAUUUGCUAGGAAUUGCUUGAAGCCUCAAGCUAAGUUUGAUGAUUCUUUUUGUGUAAAGCAGAAUUUGAAAUAUUGCUAGGAAAUAUUGAGUGAGCUUU